UCUCUCUUUCUCUCUCUAUAUAUUUAUAUAUCUAAAUGCAUAUAUAUAUACUCGCAUACACGUACAGUAUUCAGUGGAAUUUAUAUACUCGCAUACACGUACAGUAUUCAUACGCUAUGGAGAAUUUCUUAUUGCUUAAGAUGAUCUUCUUGCUUCUUAUUUGCGGUGUUUCGAUGUUCCUUGAGAAGAUGAUGCUUCUUUCGACAUUUCUUCAGACAAUGAUGUUCUUCUUGGUUCUUAUUUGUGAUAGCUUUCGACUUUCAGCAAUUAAGGAAGUUGAGAGCAAAUCAGCAAGCAUGAUUACAUCUGAAAGUGGUGAGCAACAACAUCGGAAGUUGUUGAAUGUAUCUAGUCAAACAAUUAGUCGCACGAGUGGGCUUUUGUCAUCUGAAAUAGGUAGUUUGAAUAUCAAGAGAAGGAGAGCGAAAUUGUUAGAAGAAGCAAGAGAGAGUGUGCCUGAACCUGGGUCUGGAAGAGUGAUGCAUUUGAUUAAGGCCUUCGAGAAGCUUCUUGCGAUAUCGCAGGACUCAGAUCAGACGGAUGAGAAAUAAUCCAGUGUGGGCUCCUCUUCACACCUUGGUUAUGAU